AUGGACAAGAUAUGGCGUGUGAGGCCCAGACGGGUCUAUACCCGCAAGAAGAGGGCUGGUGAAAGGCUCAACCUCACCCCGACCCCAGACCUGGCCUUCCCUGGGAAGACAGAGGCCCUGCCAGGUCUGAAGGGAAAGGGCAAAGAGCAGGGACUGCGGAAGAUAUCUGAGAAAGAGGAAUUGACCAGGCUCAGAGGUAGCAGCUCACAGCAGCUAAGUCGGUUAAGUGUUACAAGAGGGGAAAGUCUGCAAGAAAACAGCCCUGGCAAAGAGACCCCAGAGGAAAAGACACCACUAUUGAGUUCAGUGACUGAUGCCUUUGAGAUUGACAGCUUUUCCUUAAGUGCUGAACUAGUCUCAGGACCAAUUGUGCAGCAUGAUGUUUCCAGUUGUCUCCUGAGUUGUUCAAACACAGAGUCAUGUACAAAGAGCACUGAAGAGAGUGGAAGUAGCUUCCCAUCGCCGGAACUGUUCAGAGGGUCAGACUGUCUGGAUUGGGAGCAUCCCAAGUUGGAAGAUUACACGCUCUACAAGAAUUCUACUCUUCUAGACACCAGUAAAGCAGUAGCUUUAGAGAAAGCGCCACAGUUUGCAAACCUCUCUGCCGUUUUGAGUUCCUCUUCAGAAAACUAUGAGAAAUGCCAUAGGAAAAUAGGGAUAAUAUCAGAGGUCCAACAUAUUUCUCCAGAACCAAAGUAUACUUUGAAUUUAGCAUCAGUGGUGGAAAAUGCAGCUUCUGAGGUUAUAUUUGCUGAGAAAACUGGCCCUCCAACAACCAAAAAAACAAAGUACAAAUCUGAAAAUGAAUCUAAAGAUAGAGGUCCGCUUGUUCAAACAAAGUUGAGCUCCAGUCAUCCAGACAGCAAGGCUCUGUGCUCCCCUGUGAGUUCAGCUCUUGAAAGCAAUGCAGUCAGGGAUGCUCUGCUGCCUCAGCCCCUAGAACCUGUGCUGAAAAAGGGUUGUAUUCUUCCUGGUAAUCAAAGCAAAGCCCUGCUAACAAGUACCCCAUCUUCAGACAUAGCUGAAUUUGUGAUUGAUUUGUCUCCAGUGCAAAAUGUAUCUUUUGAAGAACUGUUUCCAAAUGUCAGCAAUUAUGUUAACUCAAGUGAAAUUGUCCCUGUGUCAAGUUGGCAAGAAAGUUCUUCAAAUGAGUUUUCUCCAAACACAUCAGAGAUCUGUUGCAUUAUUAGGGCAUCACCAGGAGCAAGACAGAUGAGAAGGAAAGACACUGCUGUGAAAAACAGAUGUUCUCUUCCUAAAGAUGUUCCUCUAGACAUUAUAAUGAAGACAAAUGGCAGAACAUAA